CGCCUACAGUACUAAACGGAGCACAAAAAUGUUAUUAAAUUCGCUGGAAAUGAAACAAAUGCCAAUAAACCAAUUUUAUUGCUAACAUGUUUACCUUACCGACAAUGAAAAGAAUACUUAUUCGUCAGAUAGUGCUUACAUAUAAAAUGUCCUAGUGACGGAAAAAAUUUUUGUGUUAUAAACAGAACGUUCAUUUUUUAAUAGCCAACUCAGCACUUGCCUAUUACCAUAAGAAAUAUAGUAUUGUGAAAGAAAUGAAGUGUUAUUAUCUUGUUCUGUUAUCUGCAGUUUCACUUUGGAAUACUGUGGAAUCUCAAAGAGAAGAAAAGGGGAUCACGAUCUCAAAGUAUCCAUUUAUGGUUCAAGUAAACUCAAAGGACAAGAGAGUUUGCGAAGGUUCAAUUAUAAGUGCACAAUGGAUUUUAACUGCAGCCAGUUGCAUAAAAAGGAUUAAUGAAAGAGAUCUUUCCAUUAGAUAUGGAACUCUUAUAGGUGGAAGGGGUGGUUUUACAGUGCCUGUUGUGAAAAAAAUUAAUCAUCCAGAGUAUAACCGUACAACGAUGGAAAACGAUGUAGCAUUACUUAAAAUAAGAAAAGUACUCAAUUUCGCACAUAAUAAGAAACCUAUCAAGCUUGCAAAGCGUGGUUUACCCCUUGAAGAGGGUGCUAAUGUCACUGUUGUUGGCUGGGGAAUAGAUCAAGCAGAUAAGGGCCCAUCUAAUAAUCUUGACGCUGUCGAUAUUGCAACUGUUAGCAACACGGAAUGUAUUAAGUCCAAUGAGACAGAGGAGUUGCCUGAAGGACUGCUCUGUGCAGGGGAACUGGAUGAAAAUGGAAAUAUUUGUUUUAAAGGCGAAGGUGGAGGACCAGUAAUAGUUGAAGAAAUACAAGUUGGAAUUGUUUCGAAAAAAUAUUGUAAUAGUUUUAUGUUCGUCUCAGUUGGUAAUCCUAAAAUAAGGAAUUUUAUCAGUGAGAAUGCUCAAGCCUAACAAGAACUUCAUGUCAAAAUGCAAGUGCUGGGAAGAAGAAAUAAUAAUUUACGUAAUGCAAUGUAGUCUCAUAAAAAAAAAUCCUUUGUUGGUAGAUACCUAAAAUAGAAGGCCCUAAUCUCUUAAUCCUGUCGUUACAUGAAUCCACAUUUGUCUAGUAUUCUAUACCAUAUUUUUUCUAUUUCGUAAUAGACAUUAAAUAAUUUUCAAACAUCCCAGAGUUAUGAAAUAUUAU